UUUCUAAACUGAAGUCUAGAAAUUCGGCUUUUAUAAACCUAAUCCCAGAAGAAACCUCAAAAGCCGGCAACUCUUGAGGUCCUUCCAGGACUUAUAAACCAAACCCAAACCCCCCCCCAGAACCGAUCACAUUUGAGAUAUAUGGUCUGAUGAACCUUGCCAAGCUAAACCGCGUGUUCAUUCAUUCACAUUUGAGAAUCCUCAUCAGCUGUAGAAGCAGAAGAUGAUGGCGAUGCAGAGAAGAGUUUCUUCUGCCAUAAUUCUUUCCAUUGCUCAGUCUCAGGAAGCAGCAGCAGCUUCAUUAGGUACCACUGCUACUGCUAGGUGUACUACUCUUGCUUCAUUUCUCUCUGCAUUCCCAAACCCUAAAGCCCAAUUAGCUUUUUAUUCUGUUGUUAGUGGCAAAGUUAAGAAUUAUUCUGGAAAAUCUCUGAAGUUUCAACCUGGAUUGAGGAAUGAUAUUAAUAAUGUCGACAGUCUUCAUGAUGCUCUGAGCUUGUACCGGCAGAUGGUCCGGAUGAGGCCUCUGCCUUGUGUUAUUCAGUUCAAUCAAUUGUUGGACCGUAUUGUUAAGAUGAAGAAUCAUUAUGUAUCUGCUAUUUCCCUUUUUAGAGAUAUGUGUGUCAAGGGCAUUCCUGCUUAUGAGGCCACCCUCAAUGUUGUGAUUAAUUGUUACUGCCUCUUGGGUCGAGUGGAUUUGGGGUUUCCUGUGUUGGCUGCUUUCAUGAAGCGUGGUCUUGUUGCUGAUGUAGUCACCUUUAGUACUCUACUCAAAGGACUCUUUCGAGAACAUAGGGUCCCCCAGGGACAAGAAUUGUUUAAGAAGAUAAUAUUCGAAAAACUUUGCAAGCCCGAUGAAGUUAUGUUUCUGAUUGUGAUAGAUGGACUCUGUAAGGUGGGGAACAUUCAAAUGGCCAUUGAAUUCCUAAGAGUCAUGGAAAAAAGAACAUGUAAGCCCCAUGUUAAAGUGUACAAUACCAUCAUUGACGGCUUUUGCAAAGAUAAAAUGGUCGACGAAGCUCUUGCCCUUUUGCAGGAGAUGAUUGAAAAGGGCAUUCCCCCAAAUGUUGUCACUUACAGUUGUUUGAUUCAAGGUCUGUGCAACUUAAGCAGAUGGGAGGAUGUUAGCAAGAUCUUUUCUGAGAUGAAGGUUUAUAAAAUUAUUCCAAAUGUUAUUACUUUCACUAUAGUGGUGGAUGCACUGUGUAAGGAAGGGCAUAUAGAAGAUGCUGAAGAUGUAGUCCAGAUCUUGAUCCAGCAAGGUCAAAAUCCCAAUCUGGUCACAUACUGUUCCUUAAUGGAUGGGUACUGUUUACAGAGGCGAAUAGAUGACGCAAGGAGAGUUUUCAAUACCAUGGUUGCUAGCGGCCUUACACCUGAUCUCCAUAGCUAUGGUAUUCUGAUAAAUGCCUAUUUCAAGACCAAGAAAGCGGAAGCAGCCAUGAAUCUCUUUCGAGAGAUUCAGCAUAAAGGUUUAACACCUAAUAUUGUUGUUUAUACCACUGUCUUGCAGGGGUUAUUUAGUUCAGGAAGGUAUCUUAGUGCACUAGAAAUUUUCAACGAGAUGCAAGCUUCUGGCAUGAAGCCUGAUUUUCAUACUUACUGUGUGGUGUUGGAUGGAUUAUGCAAGACUGGACAUGUCGACGAAGCAUUGCAGUUAUUCCAUGCAAUGGAAGCUGAUGGAACAAAUAUUCACAUUGGAAUGUACAAUAUCAUGCUUGAUGGGUUGUGCAAAAGCAGGAGGCUCGAUAGUGCUCGAGAACUUUUCAACAAUCUCUCCCUUAAAGGAUUGGAUCCUGAUGUUAGAACAUACAGCACCAUGAUUGCUGGUCUGCUUUCAGAAGGUCUGCUCAUCGAAGCCAAAGAGCUUGUUAAAAAGAUGGAGGGGAAGGGUUGCCUGCCAAAUGAUUUUACAUACAAUAUUAUACUGCGAGGACUCCUUAAGGGAGGUCAUUAUGAUGAUGCGAUGGUCUAUUAUGAAGAAAUGGUUCAUAGAGGAUUCUUGCUGGAUGCAUCUACUUUUUCCAUUUUACUUGAUUCAUCUGUUGAAAAUCAGAACAAUUCUUCUCUAUUAAUGUUGAUGCUGAAGCUUGAUCCUGAUUGCAAGAAGCUUAUGGAUGGGGGACAAAGAGGACCUUCACAUUAGUUGCAACAUGUUGGUCCUGCUAUUUAUUUUGGCCCCUGAACUUUAAUUUGCAGGAACUAACAUUACUUGGGUUUGAAUUGGAUCCUGUUGUCACUUAUCAUCUUUGAUGCAACUGAGCCUUAAAGGAGAUCUCUUGGUCAUAUUUUGUGAAACACCUCCACGGUCUUUAGUUUGGUGGAGAAGCCGCAUUACUUAGGGAAGUUCAAUUGACAAGUGUGGCAGAUCAAAGAAAUCUGCUGCCGUUAAUUGGAUUUGUACCACUUCUUCUAAAAGACUUCUUGUUGAUCUUUCCAUGGAGAACCUCAGUGUGGCAUAUCACUUAAAUGCUGCUAUUGGGUCACCAUCUGCAAUAAAAGAAAAAAGUCUUACUGGCACAUCACAAUGGCGAGCAGUGGAAUUUGUAUCGCAGACUGAAGAUUUGACGUCAGCUCAGACUUGAUAGAGACAGUUUACUAGGUAUUGAAACAUAUGGAAAUAGUUAUGAUGAAUUUUAUAUGAAAGGAAUUGGCUGAAGUGAUCAAGACUAAUUUUUUACAUCAGGGAAGAUUUUUUAACUUCAAACCACGUCUUAGAUAACGUUAGUUUAAAUUGAAUUGUGAGAAAAUUAAGGGAAAGUCUUAAUUUUAUUUUAUUUUAUUUCUCGGUGACAAACAUUGAAUGACAAGUCUUGCAUUGAAUUUUUAUGCAAGAGAUCUGUUUUACAACGGUUCAAAAUCAUCCAAAUUAACUGUCCUACGGACAACUUAAUUAUCUUUUCUAACAGCUUUAGAGGAGGAUCCCCAAUUUUGUGCAACAACAUCCAAAUUGUUAGACCGAAAAACUAAUCUUGUUUCUGGAUGCAGGAAAAAAGUUUGUGAUAAAAGCUUUCUGUUAAUGGGAUUUUUUGUAGUAGCAUCUAUUUUGUGUAGCUGGUUCAGUUUGUGAAGAAUUUCAUCACAAUAUUCAUUCCUACAGUAUGCAGUAAAUUUGAAUUAUUUACUGGAAAGAUACUCACCAUAGAAUGGAAAUAGUGAAUGUGUAUCUUGAAUACCAGUAACCAUUUUUUGUUUGUCAUAAAAUUCUUUGACAAGGUAUUAUUGGUCACUGAGGUGGAAUUGGGAGAUAUUCAUUGAUUUUGCUAGUUAUGACUGGGCAUGAUCUGCAGUGAUAUGAAUGACCUUUCAGUAAUUGUAUAGUAUCUAUUUGUGCCUGUGAUAAACCUUAAACCUGGAGAAAAAGGCCUGGACUGACCUAGUAGAAAAGAAUUUCUUUUGAUACAGCGCAUGGCCUGGAGUACCUGCAUGAGCAUUGCAAUGGUAUAAUUGUUCACCCUGAUUUAAAGCCUCGAAACGUCCAUCUGGAUGAUAACUUGGAAGCUUUCUUCGGUGGAUACAAAAUUAUCAGAUUGCAACUUAAAUCCAGGGAACUGUGGGACACAUUGCCCUUGAAUAGUUGUAUGUUCCUGCUGUGGUCUUAUCGGUGCAUUAAUGAAAUGGCAGAUGUUUAUGUCUACUGGGGCUGCUGCAAUUUUUUCUGUACACCAUAGAGCCUUCAUGGCACCCACCGAGUUGCAUCUGAAGGAAACCCCAAUCUUGAUGAACUUCGGUCUAACGUCCAAUCCAAAGCCAGCUUUAAGUUGAAAGACAUUGGUCCUGAGAUACUGGUCCAAACCAUUUGUGAAUUGGAUUGUGGUUAGUCGUUGGACCAAGUUCAUCUAAAUCUGAGCUGGAAUGGAUAUGCAUUGCUUUUUUGAAGAAAUUCGUGCAUUUCUGCUCGUAAGUAUGUGUCCGCUAGUUGAAACUAAGUUGUUGAAUGAUUGCUUGUCCAGGACAUUUGCAUAUCUGUUGUUUAUCUUUCACAAUUCUACUUGAUUCUUCUUUCGUUUAGUACUGCCGUCAGUUAAUGUUUGUCUUUGACCAUGGAAAGGCAGAGUUUGUGUGUGAUUGUGAUGACUGAUAUUCAUCCUGCAAGUUUGGGGUGUUUUCUUUUUUUUUUUUUGGGGCCCCCUUUUAUAAUGGGAAGAGUUCUAGAAUUGAAAUC